AAGAGGAUCUCGUUCCUCGCCGGCAGCCGGGGUCAUCUUCUCAUCCCCUUUCUCGUGCCACCGAUUUGUGGUUCCGGCUGUCAUCCAGCACCUCGCCGGCAGCCGGGUCGUCAUACCACCCCUCAUCCCGGCACCCCAGCCCCCUCGUCCAUCGUUAGUCAACUCGGACCAAUGCUCCUUGCCUGACCGCGCCGCCGAAACCACUCUCCAGCACGCACGUCUAAUUCCACCAAAGUCUUCUCUCCCAGGCCUAACCCUCCCCAUCCCCCUCCUCUUCUACUGGUUCUGGACUGGAGUGGAGAUCCAUCCGGACUCGGAUCGACUUCUUCCUUUGCUGGUUCUUCUUCCUCAGCUGGCGCAAGAUCCGUUUCACUUGGCCGCCCCAUUGGACUACCCAAGCAGGUUGAUGAUCCUUGGGUGAGUCAGAGGAUAGAAUAAGGGUGAAUUGUGGUUGAUUUUUCAUAGGAUGGAAUCCUUGUGGAAACUGACCUACUUGCUCGAGCCGGCAUCACUUGCUCUCAUUGGCACAGCCAUUUCUGUGGCCUAUGCAUCAGCAUCACGUGCUCUGGACUAUGGCAAGGAGAUGGAGAGGAACUUGGACUUUUCAGAGGCUUCCAUCACAUUGAAUCGUUCACAAGCUCUAAUGAUUCCCCUUGUGAGCUCGUGCAGUCUGUUGCUGAUGUUCUAUCUGUUCUCAUCUGUAUCACACCUCAUGACGGCUUUUACUACUGUGGCCUCAGCGAUGGCACUCUUCUUUUGUCUGUCUCCAUACAUAACCUACCUCAAGUCGCAAUUCAAUCUAACGGAUCCUUACGUGUCGAGGUGCUGUUCAAAGUCAUUUACCCGGUUGCAAGGUUUGCUGAUGCUGUUCUGCAUAGGCACGGUGUUAGCCUGGUUGGUAUCAGGGCAUUGGUUGCUAAAUAACCUACUGGGGAUUUCCAUUUGCAUAGCAUUUGUCAGCCAUGUGAGGCUUCCCAACAUAAAGAUCUGUGUGUUGCUUCUUGUCUGCUUGUUUGUGUACGAUAUUUUCUGGGUGUUCUUCUCAGAGAGGAUUUUUGGAGCAAAUGUCAUGGUCUCUGUUGCCACUCAGAAGGCAUCUAAUCCUGUUCACACAGUAGCAAACAAACUCAGCCUACCUGGAUUGCAGUUAAUUACAAAGAAACUAGAGCUUCCAGUGAAGCUCAUCUUCCCCAGGAAUUUGUUGGGUGGGAUUGUUCCAGGAAGCAGUACUGGUGACUACAUGAUGCUUGGCCUUGGAGACAUGGCCAUUCCAGGGAUGCUUCUAGCUCUUGUGCUCUUUUUUGAUAACCGUAAGCAUAAGGAUGUGAAUGUUCCAUCAGACGUGUCUCCCUCAAAACGGCGGAAUUACUUGUGGUAUGCCCUAAUAGGGUAUGGCAUUGGCUUGGUAGCUGCAUUGGCUGCUGGGAUCUUGUCUCAAUCUCCCCAGCCCGCCUUACUGUACCUGGUGCCAUCGACGCUGGGGCCUGUCAUGUACUUGUCAUGGUUAAGGAACGAGCUAUGGGAGCUGUGGGAAGGGUCAGGGUCGAUUCUAAACGAGAAGGCUCGUUUGUUGGAGGUCUGAGAUCUAAGGGGACCUUAAAAAUCUCAGCCGCCUGUGAUGUAACCUAAUUAAAGAUACUGCAGUUCCUCAUACCGAAGGGGAAUAUUUUUAAGCUAUAAUGGUCUAGUAAUGUAAGGUUAUACCCUGUUAUCCUCGCAAGAGGAAACAGAUGUAUCACUUAACUGCCUGUAAUAGAAAGGUUCAUUUCAUUUCUUAAA